AUGUUGCUCUCAACUCUCAGCUCCUAUGCUCAUGCUUGCCACUCCGGCAUCUACCACGUCUCUCGCAACCCUCUUUUGCCGAACGCGCCCUUCAAUGCGAAACCACUAAUUCGAUAUUUCCGCGAAAGCAAAGGAUUUUGGGAGAAUCAAUUCAGAAAGCCGUGGACGGAGAAAGAUAACGAACGACUGAUUCAACUACGACGUGGAGGCAAUUCUCCGUCUACCAUUGCUCCACACUUCCCAGGACGCACUGUGGUGGCUAUCAGGAGUCACUGGAGCAUAUUACUCAAGCGCGACAGCGAACUCGGACGUUUUCGUCUGGGCACUCCAUGGACUGAGGAAGAUAGGUCGAUGGUUCUGGCCAUGCGAAAAGCAGGUAAAAGUAUCGUUGAGAUCCAGCCAAACUUCCCUGGCAGAUCGCGGGCCUCUUUCUGGGGUCUCUUCAGUCGAGAGGCUACAGACCCUGAUUCUAAGAAGGGCAAAUACCAGCCCAAGGAGGAUGCGGAGCUACUGGAACUCCGACGAGAGGAGGGCCAGAAGUGGGCGCAGAUUGCAAAAAUGCUCUCGCGCAGUACCAGCUCGGUCGUUGGCCGCUAUCAAAACUUGAUCCAGAGGGAAGCGGCCCGACUCAGGUCUGACUCCCCUGCUCUAAGUAACAAGGUCAAUGCACCGCAUGCUCCACCGGAAAGAAGACCGCGUUGGCUUCUCAAAGACGAUGAACGAAUGAUAGAACUCGGAAAGAACGGACUGAGCAGCCUGCAUAUUGGAGCUCUACUGGACCACCCUAGAUCAGCAAGCUCGGUCAGACUACGACGCGCGCGGCUGCGACAGUCUCCCUGGUUGAGUCGCAUAGAUCGUCAAGCUUCUAGGUCAAGCUGA